ACAUAGAUUAUUUGAAUUUGUUUACUUGUUAUUGCAGAUAUAUGUCUCUUAUGCAUUUCGGAUAAUUAAACUUUUAGUUAUCGGUUUUCAAAAUCAUAAACCUCUUUCCGAAAAUUAAGAAAAUUGACUAAGUGUCUUUGACGUUGAUAUUACAUUUGUUCGAUGUUCAGAGUCCUGUAAUAAUAAACGUAGGUUUGGUGAUCGCGAAAUGUUAGUAAUGCAAGAAGUCCAAAUUGCUUUUGACAUCUGAAUAGACGUUAAAACUCAGAAUCUAUUUUGUGUAAACAUCGAAGUUCUUAUGGGUUGCUACAAGGAGAGCGUACUAUGGCCUAUUUCUGGUUACAAUAUAAUGAUUUGGAUAGUCGACGAAUUGAUACACAAUUACUGUUUGCUGAAUUUGUUGAAAUUAUCACUACUUAAGCUUACUCACAACAAAAAGUAUCGUUUUAAUAUUGCCCUAUCAGUCUCAAAUCCAACAAGGUUUUGCGAAGAAUUCAUUAUAUGUGAUGAAAUAAACAUAUGUGCUUCCCUUAGGUGGGUCAAAGCAUUCCAACAUUUGGAAAAACUUGAAACGGCUUUGAACUUUGAUUUUAAUCAGUUCACUUCAGAUAAACCUUUUGAAAUUUAUUUAUUUGUUCCAACAACACUUCUCUACAAAUUUGCGGACGACAGUUGUUUGCUGGAUAAAAUAACGCAUCUUAGCACCAAGGCAUCUGUUCAUAUCAGACUUAUAGUUUCCGAAAAAACUGUGGUUAACGAACAUGUACCAUUUUCUGAAACUGAUGCCUCUGGGAUUAAAAUUCUUAAAAGUAUUUCUCAGUUAGCAUCUGGAACAUUUGCUAUCGUUCGAUUAUGUUCAUUUGUCAAAACAUGCUCAAAUGGUUGCACCACGUGGUUAGUGGGCAAACACGAACGCGGUUCUAAUCAUUUGAAAGCAUCAAAACGAUCCGAGGAAAUACAAAUUCAUAUGUCGUCAUUUAUUAACCAUUCACAGUCCAUUAAAUUACCUUGCGGAAAAGUUUACGUUGUGAGUGAUUCUAAAGAGCAUGAGUCUGUGUUAAUGAAGCCAACACUGUCAGCCUCUUCUGAAUUUACUGAUAGAUAUUUUAGACCACAAACGUGCCCCAAUUCUUUCAGCACUUUCGAUUGUUGUAUUCAUCCUCACCUGUGGUCACGUGUAUCUGUGAAUGAAAAACUAGUAAAGGAUUUAAAUCGUAGAAUUUGUGAGUCAGCUAAAGAUGAAGCGAACUCAAGAAAAUGUUUAUUUAAGUGGUUUACUGAUGAUUACGAUCAAAUAUCAAGUCUCCUUGACAACAAAAAGGUGCUAGCGAGGAGAUUAUCAGAUGGUCAUUACUACCUGGGGUCAGUUCAAACUGUCAAACCCCAUCUACCUGUAGAUCAAGUUUUUGUACGAUUCGGUCCUAUACACAAUUUAACAAGCUUUGAUUUGCGAAAAUCCAGAUCAGCUACUUCGAAUUCGGAUACAUUUCAUUACGAAUGGUUUGAUAUAACGGAAAUCAUUGACUUAGAGCACGCUAUCAGACACUCAAUUGAACCAGGUGAUUGUGUUCUUGUACCCUACAGUUGGCCCUUUCCUAAGUGUCCCAUUCUUAAAACGGAAAAACCAUCUAGUUUUGAGAAUCUCCGUUACUAUGCAGCUAUCGUAGUUUCUGGUGAAGAACAAAGAGUUGACAAGUUAACUAAAACUAAAAACUUCACAGAUGACCAAAAACUUUUGGUUGAAUUAGCUAGUUCGAACACUCGUGUUGGUCAUAUUUAUGUUCCGAAGCAAAAAGCUGUUUGGAUUUCACCGAAUACUUAUCAACGAAUUGUACUAGAACAAUAUAUGACACCAGAAGGCAGGAAAUGGUUAAAAAAUAAAACAUUUCUUCCAAAUAGUUAUCCAUUUCAAUCAGCUCCAGGUUAUCCUGCUGAUGGAUUUGGUAGAUUUAAAUCAUAUAAAAAUAGCCUUCAAUCAGAUUUACACAUUCAACCGUUGACUUUUCAACAGUUCAGACAUGGAACGGAUGUUCAAUUUGAAUAUUGUCCAUCACUUCAAUGUUGGCCUCUCUAUUCAGUAGUGAAUGACUUAUUACCAGUAACUAACGGGUGCCCCGUUUGGUGUGAUAAUGAAACAACAAGCAAACAUUUAAUAAAAUUACCCACUAAUGAAGUUUCAAACAAUCAUUUUCAGUCGGCUGAACCGAACUGUGAACAGAAUUUUGAGCCUAAAUUAGUGUAUAGGUCACGCAACAAACAUAUCAAUUAAGGUAAAGAGCCAUUACACUUACUCUCCCGUUGACUUUGAACUUGUACGAAUUCGGUUACGCUCAGUAACCACGCUUGUACUCUUUUGGCACGAACUCGGUAUUCUUUCGAUACCACGAGAUCGCCAACAAAUACAUCUCGACUACAGCCAUCAUCUGCCUUCUGAUAUUGGCCUACGGGGAUCUUAUUGGUUAAUUGGCACGUAGUCUUCUUGUAGCGGUGUUCAUAGUCAAGCUCAACUCGACACUACGCUACAAUUGGUGAGCCAAAUCUGGGAACACGUCUCAACCUCGGUCAAAUCUUCCGAAGAAGUCAAUCCGUUUUCUUUUUUUGAUUUUUUUGUAUCCUGAGCCCACGCCUUCGACCAUCGUCCGUUUGGUAACGUCGACUUCAGUCAACUUUGGCGAAAGCUGGUUUGGCCACCCACGCUCUUGUCAACGCACUCAGUCGAUAAUCUGGUUUCGAAUUCGCCUGGCAUACGCUUGGUUUCGCGUUUGGUCGUUAUGGUCGCGUCCGGUUUCUUGGCUCAACGUGGUUUCGUCCUACGUCUGCAGCGUUUUCUGGCCCGCAUCCCUACGAACGCAGUCUUCAGAUCCUGGAUACAAACCACUCUGGUGUGGUAUGUUAAUUCGACCAACAAAUACAGCACACUUCUCCUGGUACCGUUCUGCGCAAAAGACUUCCGUUGGCAACUCGAGGAUCAACGAUCACUUCCUGUUCCGCCAAUUUCCUCCGUCCCACAACCGCACUUCUGCCGAUCAGCCCCACGAAUCAAAUCGCUAACGAUCGAAAGUGUAAACCCUUUCUAGCGGGAGGCUCCUGUAGUGACCUACAUUUUUCAACAGAACGCGAUUGGUUCAAUGAAAACAAUUAUUAUUAUAACCAAUUGUACCAGUGACUGUUUUACUGUGCUCGUUUCUUUGACUGUGCUAAUGACAGCCAUUACACUUACUCUCCCGUUGACUUUGAACUUGUACGAAUUCGGUUACGCUCAGUAACCACGCUUGUACUCUUUUGGCACGAACUCGGUAUUCUUUCGAUACCACGAGAUCUCCAACAAAUACAUCUCGACUACAGCC